AAUUUUCCGCUCGCUUCUAAAUCUAAAUUCCUCUCCCUUUCCCCCACGGGACCCGGUCGACGGAACUCCGUCUCUCUCUCUCUCUCUCUCUAAUCUCCUCCUCCUCUCUCUCUUCCUUCUCUGGAUCGAAAAUCGAAAUCCCACCUUCCAACCACCGCUCAGCCCCGCCGCCGCCGCCAUCACCGUCCACCCAGCAUCACAAAUUCACAACCCAAUAAGCAGAAGGGAGGGAGGUUCUCUAAUUCGUGGAGCUGAUAGUUGAGAUUGAGCGGGAGCGAACUAUCUGGGGGCUGCUGUUUCGCACCGAGAAUCGAGUUAGGGUUUCUCAAUUGCACUCCUUUUACCUUUUCCCGAUUCAGUCUGUUUCCUUAUCGGCGAAUCUCUUGAUUCGGUUUCCGGAGGCGUUUCCGCCCGUUUCUUGCAAACCCUAGUGGCGAGGAAGGAGGAAUCGGAGAAACAAAAAAAAGAAAAAGAGAAAAAAGUUCGAGAAGAAUAGUAGAAAAUAAAAAAAAUAAAAAAAGAAGAAAGGAAGGGGAAGAGAUAGAUCCAUUCGUUUAUCAUUACUAAUUUCUUUUUAAUUCCUCGAUUUGUGUACAUAAACAGAGGAAGAAAAUUUUGCCCACGGUUUAGUUUGGUUUGGCCUUCGUGUUUAGGAGCUGAAUUUAGGGUUCUGCUUGAGACAAGAGACUCCGGUGAAGUUUUUGGUUGGCGUUGUUUUAGUUAGCUAUCGGAAAUUGAGGGUUUCUUGUUUGAGAUCUCGUGUUGGUUUUCACUUAGGCGAUGGGAUAGGAUAUUCGUUUCUUUUCUGCGCCUCCACCCUUUGAGAUUCCCGUUACUUUUUUUCUUCUGCGUUCUGAGCGCUUUGUCCCUUGCUGUGGGGAGUAAUUGCUUUACACGCCCAUACUGUAUUCUGCAAGUUACUUUUGUGAUUGGGGGUUAAGAUCGAUGGCUUUGAAUUUUUCACAUCGGAUGGUGUUUCCCCCACGUUCUCCAGAGGAUAAUUUCGUGUCGCCUAUUAGGGUCGGCAACAGUUGCUUUGCUGACUGCAUAGCGGAGAAUGUGGAUGGGUAUUAUGAUUUUGGGAGGGAUAGUCGGUCUGAGUCUCAGGAUGUCAUGGACGAGGACAUUCUUGAUGUUUUGCCUUCGGAUCCAUUUGGCAUGAAUAUAAGCACAACCGUUACUGCUAUAACGGGUUGGCUUGAGGAUUUGGAGAUGGGUUAUGGCCGGGAUGGAGUCAUGGGGAGCAGUGAACAGUAUCAGCUGUUUGCUGGGUUGAAUUACUUUAUUUGGAAUAAUGCUUUGAGAUUUCAGGCGGCGGCAUUUCCUUCAAGCACAAAGUUAAGCCCUAACCCAAAUGCGGAUUUUCGAUUUGGUGAUGGGUGUGAGAAUAAUGAGAAGAUGAAAAAAGAGGAUCUUGAGGACUCUUUGAGAUUGGGGGAUGAGAUGGUGUGCGAUUUAGAUGUUGCUACUACAGUGGAUGAGAUGAGCGUUGGAGAUUGUUGUGAUGAUGUUGAUGGAGCUUCUCUUGAUGGAGAUGAGAUAAUCCAUCAUCCUGGUUUUGGCUUAGUCCUUGCACAUUUGAGCCUGAGGGACCUAUUAUCAGUUGAGAUGGUUUGUACUUCACUGCAUUCUGCAGCUCGAGCUGAGCCAUUCUUUUGGAGCAAUAUUUACAUUGAUCAACCACUGAGUGAGAAGAUCACCGAUGACAUUCUUGUUCAAAUAACGGAUAGGGCUAAAGGUACUCUACGAACCUUGACCCUAGUAGAGAGUUCAUGGAUUACCGAUGCUGGGCUGAAGCAUGUACUUGAGAACAAUCCUGAGCUAACCAAGCUGAGUGUGCCCGGAUGUUCUAGAGUCAACGUCGACAGCAUUGUGACUAUUUUGAAAGAACUCAAGGCUUUGAAUAAACUGGGCUUGAAGCACUUGAGGAUUGGAGGGGUCUAUGGAGUGACACACGACCACUAUGAAGUGUUAAAGUCAAUGCUGGAUGCUGAUCCCAACAAGCAGCAGAAAGCCAGAGGGCCACUCUAUUACCACAGAGCAAGCCCUUAUCUGCCAUGUGAUGAUGAUCGUGCCAUCGAUAUCGAAAUGUGCCUGAGAUGCCAUAACCAUAGGUUGGUUUAUGAUUGCCCUGCUGAAAGUUGCCAGCAAGGGAAACAUUCAGCUUUGGCCUGCCGAGCAUGCACACUUUGCAUAUUACGUUGCGCUCAGUGUGGUCGGUGUAUCAAUGAUAGUGAAUAUGAAGAAACUUUCUGCCUGGAGUUGCUUUGCGCAUUUUGUGGAAGUGCCAGUUGAAACGGUGAAGAAAACAGGAUCAUCCAGCUACUUCUAUGGUCUCUGCCUAUCCAUGGAGGCAUGCUCUUCGUAGAGUUGUAUAUUUGCUGCUUUUAUGAGGCAAAAAGAAAAGGAAAAUACAAAAUGAAGAAGAAGAGGAAGAGGAAGAGGAAGAGGAAGAAAAGGAGAAAGGUGGCAGCCAUGCGAUGGGUGAUUCUUUUUGCAUUUGUCUGUGUUGUUGCUGACUUCAGGCUCAGCAUUCGUGAACUUUCAGCUUUGGUGAAAAAGCAGAAAUAAAAGAUGGAGAAAGUGGGAAGGAAGGUAGUAAGAGACGCAUUGGCCAUUGCUGUGGAGAUAUAUGAAUUCAGCUCGCUGCUUUCGGAUCAAGGAGGCAUUGAU